AUGGAAAAUCCUAAUUCCAACAAAAGACCACAUAGAUGUUGUUUUGCUGGCUGCAGCAACACGAAAGGUCGCAAUCCUUCCCUGCGUUUUUUCACAUUUUCUAUUAAAAGGGCAGAAAUUUGUGAACAAUGGAUUGUUAACUGUGCAAAUGACACCCUAUCAUGCUUGGCUCCUACAACGCUAAACCGCAAAGUGGUGUGUGAACUGCACUUUACAGACGAAUGUUUUACAAGUUCCUUAAAAACUAAGUUAAAUCAAAACGCUGUUCCGACCAAGCUCUCGCUAUCUCUCGACAGUCCACAAACCCCCGCACAAGCAUCCAGUGACACAUCACAGUUGGCUGCGACAGCGAGUCAACCAUCAACUUCCCGUAGAUCACUCUUCACUACCCCAACGACAUCAACAACAGUUACAUCAGACGAGCCUCCCGUAGAAGUAAGCCCCAUCACAACACCACUUUUCAAAAAGCAUAAACCAAUUAAAGGACGCAAGCCAACUCCAGGUAAAAUGACCCCCAAUAAAAGGCGAAUGUACAGAAAACUUCAAAGUCAGAUAAAACUUAGAAAAAUGUAUCAACAAGCUGGCAGACGUUUGAAAGGUAAAAAACCGAACAUAAGCAAAUCUGAGCUACUCGAAGCCAUCAAAGGUUAUUUGCCGGAAAAGGUUUCUGAUUUUUUUGCUAUGCAGCUAAACCACUGCAAUCAGACAACAAAGCCAUAUACGGACAAAGAGAAACAGCAAGCUCUUUCGUAA